GUCCCCCGCCCCUCACGGGCUGAACAGAGGGCAGGCGGCGACCCGGUGGUGCUCGUGAGCUGCCAGAGGGCCAAAUGAUCUCAGAACCCAGUCCUUACGUGGAUUCGACUUUAUUUAGAAGAACUACGGCCCUUCUACCACACACUUCGAAGGGUUUGGCAGGAUGACUCCAGGGAGGCCCAGCAAGGAGAAGGCUCACUCCCACUCCCAGUUAGAGAAGAGUCCCCUAGAAGAUGGGCGAGGACCGGGCCUUGAUUGAUGUUCCACCUCCUAGAAGAAGACAGUUCGGCAGGACUGGGUGCUCCCACUAAAUAUCCCAGGUGCCUGCUCUUCACUUAUCACUUCUACAUCCCUUGGAGGGUGGCCAGGUUCUCUAUUCUCAUGUCCCAGUGGUGCUGUUGCUGCAGCUGCCUCCUGUCCUGAAACUCUGUGGUCCAUGAUGCCAGUGACCUCAUCUCAGGGAUAGACCUCUGGUUCCCACAUGGGGGUCCCAGGUUCAAGAAUCACCCCCACCAGUAAAGGGUCUUGACUGCAAAUUGUCCAGGUUCUUGGAGUUUUGAACAAAGAAUUGGACAAAGCACACAGCAAAGCAAGAAAAGAAUAACGCAACAAAAGAACGAAAGCAGGGAUUUAUUGAAAAUGGAAGUACACUCCACAGUGUGGGACCAGGCACGAGCCGUGUUCAGUGGUCUUGGAUACAGAAUCUUCUCUGGUCCAAAUACCCGCUAGAGGUUUCCCAUUGACCACUUGGUGCUCACCUCAUGUAAAUGAAGUGGUGGCCUGCAAUCAGUCUCAUUGGUUGCGGAAAGCAACCAAUCAAAGGCUGAAGUGAAGUUAUAAAGGUCACACUCCUGUGCAAAUCACAGGCUAAAGCAAAGUUACAAAGUUGCACUUCUAUGCAAAGGAAGACUUGGAGCAAGUCUUCUCGGUCACUUCUUGUUCUUUGAGGAAUGAUGAAUCAGAAUCUAAAUGGAAAAGCUGGGCAGAGAUAGAACCCCCAGUGGGAGCCACCCUGCCCUUCCAUGUCUAGAUCAUCUGGGUUCCAACCUCCAUUGGCCUCCAAUGAAAAACUUUUAUCUUAACUUUGAAGUAAAGUUACAAAGUUACACUCCUAGGCAAACAUCUGAUUGGGUGCAAAAGAAACAACUAUACAUAGGUACUUUCAAUUUCCCAUUGCCCCACAGAAAAGGUGGAGGUUUGCAAAGGGAGUAGCCUCUGGACCUUUUGUUACUUAGGCAUGGAAAGUUAGGGUUUUCCUUUCAAUUUAGUUCUAUGAAGUUAGCAUGAAAUGGCCUUAGGUUCCCUGCCUCCAGACCCUAUUCUCCUGCCUCAGCCACACCACUGAAGUCUGAACUGAAGCUGCUCUUGGUGAAAUGUAUGAGGCCCAUGACCUGGCUGGGUGCCCUGCCUGUGGUCCUUCCUCAAUCACUGCCUCUCCUGCUUUUGAGUUUUCCAGGCUCCAGUAACUGGAACUACUUCUGUGACAGCAGAAACAUUCCCUAUUGCCUGUGCUCCUUGCAGCCAUGGACAAUGCCCCAGGAGUUCCAUUAUUUCCUUCUAAAUAAUCCAGCAGGAUUUUUAGAAGUUCACACGACUUCUUAAUUUGGUCCUGUCCCUUUCCCAACCCAGGUGUGUCUGACAUUGUUUUCUGGAUCAAAGAAACUUUGCUUUCUUCACAGAGGCCUACAGAUUCUCCGUAUACCAGCAGAGCAUGGUGCAUGCUCAUCUGUCUCCAACCUCAUCCGACAAGAACGUCUCCUUCCCUGCUGCCAGGAGGUGCCCCAGCAUGGGCAUGUCUGCCCGCAAAGUUCAACCCUCAAGGAAUCCCCUGCCAACCUGUGGCUCAUUGGUCUGGAAUUCCAGGUGCUGCUCUUAGCAGCACCUAAGCACAUCCAGGGAAAAGCUGGCACCUUUAUGUCAGUGCCGCUCAGUGGCCUGGGCCUGCCUGCUGCCCAGAGGCAGCGAGAGGGGAGAAUGUGAACCACACCAGAGCAUACUGGUGUGGUCCACUCUGGUGUGGUCCAUGCCAGGCCUUCUUGGGGCCAAUGUGCCUUAUGGAGACUGGGAUCAAAGGACAGCUGUGCCAGACAGAGGCUCAGCUUACCAGCCCUUCAGCCCCAUAAAGUUGGGGAGUCGUGGGGGGUAGCAAGAGUAAGAGAAAGAGAGAGAGACCUACAGGUGUGCAGUGCCUGAUAGAAACAGUGACCUUGCCCACCGGAAAAGCUGUCCUCACCAGUGUCCUGGUGCCUGGUCAUUCACUCAUGGGGAAAAGAAGGGCAGAAGUAGAGUGAGGGUAGAAAGCCCCCUCCCCCACAUUUUCAAAUGUACCUGGACAAGCAUCCUUAUUCACAGCUGGAAAAAGUUGGAUUCAGUAGAAUGCCAUUUCGAAAACAUCGUUGUGAAGCGCCAUCCCCUCUGGCCCCUGAAUCCUCACUGGCUUCCACCCUCUGCUGACUUUGGGCCCCGGAUUCCAGUGCUCCCAGGCUCCCACCUGCCUCCCUGUCCUUGCCCCAUGGUUCUGCCUGGAGUUCUGGUCCCUGGUUGUGUCCUGUGGCCCCAUUCUCAUGCGCCCUUUGCUUCUAUUUCUUUACCUAUGACUUUAUACUGAUGUAGAGCAAGUCUUCUCGGUCACUUCUUGUUCUUUGAGGAAUGAUGAAUCAGAAUCUAAAUGGAAAAUCUGGGCAGAGAUAGAACCCCCAGCAGGAGCCACCCUGCCCUUCCAUGUCUAGAUCAUCUGGGUUCCAGCCUCCAUCCGCCUCCAGUGAAAAGCUUUUGUCUUCUCAAGAUUCCAGUUACUUCUCCGAAGUUCUCUUCACCCCUGGCUGUUGCGAGGUGGCCCCAUAGUCAAGAUUCCUUAAACCCUUGCACGUAAAAUGUUUGCCUUUCUUACCUUGCUGGCUCCAGCCUCUGGUCCCAGGGGUGUCGACAGUUCUCUCUUACGUCUGGUUGAUUUCUAGGAAGGCUAAGAACACUCUCCCUAGGUUACAAUGCCAAGCAUUUUGGUUCUCUCCAGCCCUGGGUCCCAAUGUUGAGACCUACCUUAGUCCAGUUCAGGCUCUCCGAUGGGCCUGAGAGAAGAUUUAAAAGUUUCUGGCUUUACCCUCCAACCCUCCAACCUUCCAUCCCCCACCCCCAGCCAUCUCAGCAAGGGGAAGGGGCAAACAUGGAGACUCCCCCCAGGUCCCAUGUAAACUAUGCCCCCUCUUAGAGGGCAGAGCAGCUAAGGACAAUUUUGGUUCAAGGAAAUUUGUUUGUUGUCCAUUGCACAAACAAGUGGACUCCUGGGAGCUGGCCCUGCUCAUCCCCUGGGCCCUCCUUCCCUGGUCCUGUAGGUCUUGCUGCUUGUCAGGCCUCUACUCCAACCCUCUGCCACAUUUCAGAAAAGCUGAGAACCCCUUGGAGUGAAAAAGGAGGAGAAACACAGUGUUCAUAGCCAGCAGGAGGUUAAAUAAAUACUUUCACUUCUCUUUUCCCCAUUUGGGCGGAGCCCUUUCUGAGUCAGUCUGUCGGCCGGCCGACUUCCUGCUUGGGGCCUGGGCAGCCACACUGCACUCAGGCUGGGCCCACGGAGGGGCUCAGAGGCCAGGCUCUGAGGCCCAGGCAGGGCCUAGGGUGAGAAGAUGGCAGAUGGUGGCGGCGACCUGAGCACCAGGAGUCUGAAUGAAUGUAUUUCACCAAUAGCAAAUGAGACGAACCAUCUUCCUGCACACAGCCACGGUUUGCAAAGGAUGUUCACAGAAGAGCAGGAUGUAGAUGAGGGACUUCUCUGUGACGCUGUAUUCAAGCACUUCAAAAGACAUAAGGUGGAGAUUUCAAAUGCAAUAAAAAAGACAUUUCCAUUCCUUGAGGGCCUCCGUGACCGUGAACUCAUCACAAAUAAAAUGUUUGAAGAUUCUCAAGAUUCUUGUAGAAACCUGGUCCCUGUACAGAGAGUAGUGUACAAUGUUCUCAGUGAACUGGAGAAGAUGUUUAGCCUGCCAGUUCUGGAAGCACUGUUCAGCGAGGUCAACCUGCAGGAAUACCCCGAUUUAAUUCACAUUUAUGAAAGCUUCAAAAAUGUAAUCAAAGACAAAUUGCCUCUCCGAGAAAGUGAUGGAGAAGAGAGGGAGGAGAGGCCUGGCAUCCAACUAAGUCUUGAACAAGGAGCUGGUGAAAACUCUUUUCAAAGCCUGACUUGGCCCCGUUGGGGUUCCCCAUCUCAUGAUGGUUCAACCCCAUCUGAAAAUGGACUCUCAGAGCACCCUUGUGAAACAGAAGAGAUAAAUGCAGACAGAAAAGAUACAACCAGUGACAAAAAUGGUUUGCUAGGAAACCAACAAACAAAUGAACAAUGUGCUCAAAAGGCUGAGCCAACAGAAUCCUGUGAACCAGUUGCUGUCCAAGUGAGUAAUGGGGAUGCUGGAAGGGAGACGCCCUGCCCAUUGCCCUGUGAUGAAGAAGGGGCAGAGCCACACAACCAUGGAAUCCAAAUUAAUUCCUGUUCUGUGCGACUGGUGGAUAUAAAAAAGGAAAAACCAUGUUGUACUUCAAAUGCUGAACGCCAAGCCCAGGCAUCUGACAUAAUAGUCAUCAGCAGUGAGGACUCUGAAGGAUCCACCGAUGUUGAUGAGCCCCUAGAAGUCUUCAUCUCACCAGUGAGAAGUAAGCCUGUGAUCAAUAAUGACAACUCUUUAGAAUCAAAUAAGGAAAAGGAGGGCCAAGAAGCCACUUGCUCACGACCCCAGACUGUACCAGAGCCCAUGGAUUCCAGAAAAUCAUCUAUAUUCAGAGAAGGGUUUAGGAAAAGAGAAUAUUCUUCUGGCUUGGUUCCCUUAUCAUACAUUGAGACCUCCAAAGGACAUUUGCUCCUUUCUGCAGUGAUAGGACAAGACCACAACUUUUCAGACUCCAGUGAGGAGGAGGCGCCCCCAGAAGUCUUAAGCGGGGUACUGAGAAGCAAGCAUGGUGAGACGGAUCCUGUGACUUCUAGAAGUACAUCUACUUGGGGAAUACCCAACAGGAAGAGACGUUUCAGCAGCAGUGACUUUUCAGAGCUGAGUAAUGGAGAAGAGCUUCAGGAAUCCUGCAGCUCAUCCCUAAGACGUGGGUCAGGAUCAGAGCUACAAGGACCUGAAAAUGAGAAGUGCCCCUGUGUCAUGUGUUUUCCAAAAGGUGUGCCAAGAAGCCAAGAAGCAAGGACUGAAAGUAGUCAAGCAUCUGAUAUGAUGGAUACCAUGGAUGUUGAAAACAAUUCUACUUUGGAAAAACACAGUGGGAAAAGAAGAAAAAAGAGAAAACAUAUACUUAAAGUAAAUGGUCUCCAAAGAGGGAGAAAGAAACACAGACAUAGAAAACACUUAACUCGGAAUAACAAAGUCCCAAAGGAAAGACGGCAACCAAGAGGAAGAAAAACCAACAAUAGACCUUUGAAAAGGAGAAGAAAAAGAGGUCCAAGAAUUCCCAGAGAUAAAAAUAUUAAUUUUAAACUACCUGCACUUCCUGUGACCUGUGGUGACGUGAAGGGAACUCUAUAUAAGGAGCGAUUCAAACAAGGAAUCUCAAAGAAGUGUAUACAGAGUAAGGAUGGAAGGUGGUUCACUCCCAGGGAAUUCGAAAUUGAAGGAGGCCGCGAAGCAUCCAAAAACUGGAAGCUAAGUAUACGCUGCGGUGGAUACACCCUGAAGUUCCUGAUGGAGAAAGAAUUUCUGCCAGAACCACCAAGCACAAGAAAAAAGAGAAUACUGGAGUCUCACAACAAUACCUUAGUUGACCCUUGUCCGGAAAACUCAAACAUAUGUGGAGUGUGCAACAAAUGGGGACAGCUGUUCUGCUGCGACACUUGUCCAAGAUCCUUUCAUGAACACUGCCACAUCCCGCCCGUGGAAGUUAACAAGAACCCAUGGAGUUGCAUCUUCUGCAGGAUAAAGACUAUUCAGGAAAGAUGCCCAGAAAGUCAACUAUGGCAUCAGGAAUCUGAAGUCCUGAUGAGGCAGAUGCUGCCCAAGGAGCAGUUGAAAUGUGAAUUCCUCCUCUUGAAGGUCUACUGUGAUCCAAAAAGCCCCUUUUUUGCCUCAGAACCAUAUUAUAACAAAGAGGGGUCUCAGGGCCCACAGAAGCCCAUGUGGUUAAACAAAGUCAAGAGAAACCUGAAUGAGCAGGCAUACUCCCGAGUAGAAGGGUUUGUGCAGGACAUGCGUCUCAUCUUUCGUAACCACAAGGAAUUUUACAGGGAAGAUAAAUUCAUUACACUGGGAAUUCAAGUAGAGGACAACUUUGAGAAGAAUUUCAGAAACAUUUUUGCAAUUCAGGAAACAAGCAAGAACAUUAUAAUGUUCAUUUAGCCCAUUCUUAUUUCUUCCCUUCAGAUCCUCUGGCAGCUAGGUACACAGUGUGCACGUGGUCCCACUAAUCUCUGACUGCUCCUGUGGAAACUCCACAUCACAAUUCUCCAAAAUUUUUCAUUAACAUUUUAAAACUGUCUUUAUCAGCUUUCAAUAAAAUUCAACACUCCUUCAUGUUAAAAAUUCUCAAUAAGCUAGGUAUUGAAGGAACAUAUCCCAAAAUAAUAAGAGCCAUUUACAACAAAUCCACAGCCAACGUUAUACUAAAUGUGCAAAAGAUAGAAGCAUUCCCCUUGAAAACAAGCACAAGACAAGGAUUCCCUCUCUCACCACUCCUAUUCAACAAAGGAUUGGAAGUCCUAGUCAGAGCAGUCAAGAAGCAGAAGAAAGUAAAGGGCAUCUAAAUAGGCAAAGAGGAAGUCAAACUAUUCCUGUUUGCAGAAAACAUUGAUUCCAUAUCUAGAAAACCCCGUAGUCUCAGCCCAAAAGCUUCUUCCACUGAUAAACAACUUCAGAGAAGUUUCAGAAUACAAAAUCAGUAUACAAAAAUUACUAGCAUUCCUAUACACCAACAAUAGCCAAGCCAAGAGCCAAAUCAGGAAGGCAAUCCCAUUCACAAUUGCCACAAAAAGAAUAAAAUACCUAGGAAUACAGCUAACCAGGGAAGUGAAAGAUCUCUACAAUAAGAAUUACAAAACACUGCUCAAAGAAAUCAGAGACGACACAAACAAAUGGGAAAACAUCCCACGUUCAUGGGUAGAAAGAAUCAAUAUCAUUAAAAUGACCAUACUGCCCAAAGCAGUUUACAGGUUCAGUGUUAUUCCUAUCAAACCACCAAUGACAUUCUUCACAGAACUAGAAAAAAACUAUUUUAAAAUUCAUACAGAACGAAAAAAGAGCCCAAAUAGCCAAGGCAAUCCUAAGCAAAAAGAACAAAGCUGAAGGCAUCACGUUACCCAACUUCAAACUAUAGUACAGGGCUUCAGUAACCAAAAGAGCAUGGUACUGGUACCAAGAAAAAAGGCACAUAGACCAAUGGAACAGAACGAAGAACACAGAAUAAGACCACAUGCCUAUGACCAUCUGAUCUUUGACAAAGUUGACAAAAACAAGCAAUGGGAAAAAGACUGCCUAUUCUAUAAAUGGUGCUGGGAUAACUGGUUAACCAUAUGUAGAAGAUUGAAGCUAGACCCCUUCCUUACGCCAUAUACAAAAAUCAACUCAAGAUCAAUUAAAGACUUAAAUGUAAAAUCGAAAACUAUGAAAACCCUGGAAGACAACCUAGGCAAUACCAUCUUGGACAUAGGAACAGGCAAAGAUUUCAUGACAAAGACAAAAGCAACCGCAACAAAAGCAAAAUUUGACAAAUGAGAUCUAAUUAAACUUAAGAGAUUCUGCACAGCAAAAGAAACAAUCAACAGAGUAAACAGACAACCUACAAAAUGGGAGAAAAUAUUUGUAAACUAUGCAUCUGACAAAGGUCUAAUAUCCAGCUUCUAUAGGGAACUUAAACAAACUUACAAGAGAAAAAGAAACAACCCCGUUAAAAAAUGGACAAAGGACAUGAAAAGACACUUUUUUUUUAAGAUGGAGUUUCACUCUUGUUGCCCAGGCCAGAGUGCAGUGGUAUGAUCUUGGCUCACCACAACCUCUGCCUCCCAGGUUCAAGCGAUUCUCCUGCCUCAGCCUCCCGAGUGGCUGGGAUUACAGGCAUGCAAACCCGAUUAAUUUUGUAUUUUAGUAGAAACGGGGUUUCUCCACAUUGGUCAGGCUGGUCUCGAACUCCUGAACUGAGGUGAUCCACCCGCCUCAGCCUCCCAAAGUGCUGGAUUAUAGGCAUGAGCCACCAUGCCCAGACGAAAAGACACUUUCCAAAAGAAGACAUACAUGCGGCCAACAAGCAUAUUUUAAAAGCUCAAUAUCACUGAUCAUUAGAGAAAUGCAAAUUAAAACUACAAUGAGACACCAUCUCACACCAGUCAAAAUGGUUCUUGCUAAAAAGUCAGUAACGGCUAGUAAGGUUGUGGAGAAAAGGGAACAUUUAGACACUGUUGGUGGGAGUGUAAAUUAGUUCAACCAUUAUGGAAAGCAGUGUGGCAAUUCCUCAAAGUACUAAAAGCAGAACUGCCAUUCCACCCAGCAAUCCCAUUACUGGGUACAUACCCAAAGGAAUAUAAAUCACCCUACCAUAAAAACACAUGCAUGUAAAUGUUCAUUGCAGCACUAUUCACAAGAGCAAAGAUAUGGAAUCAACCUAAGUGCCCAUCAAUAUCAGACUGGAUAAAGAAAAUAUGGUAUGUAUACACCAUGGAAUAGUAUGCAGCCAUAAGAAAGAAUGAGAUCAUGUCACAGGAACAUGGAUAGAGCUGGAAGUUAUUUUCCUUAGCAAACUAAUGCAGGAACAGAAAAUAAAAUACCACGUAUUCUCACUUAUAAGCGGGAGCUAAAUGAUGAGAACUCAUGAACGCAAUGAAGGGAACAACAGACACUAGGGUCUACUUGAGGGUGGAAGAUGAGAAGAGGGAGAGGAGUGGAAAAAAUACCUAUUGGUGAUGAAGUAAUCCCGUACAACAAACCCCUUUGACAAGAGUUUCCCUAUAUAACAAACUUUCACAUGUAUCCUUGAACCUAAAAGUUUUUUUAAUUGUAAAUAAAUGGAUCAUUAAUAAAAAAAAAUUUAAUA